UCUGCUCCGUUGCUAAGGAGCCCACCUGUUGCGGACAGCGACUUGAAGAACUCACUUCUCUCAAAAAUACCUGCUUUUCUAACCUUUAAUUUGUAUAAAAACUGGAACAGACCCUUCGCGGCCAUGGCGAACGCCCACCGGACAAACGUCCUGGUCACUUCGUGUUUGAAAACGCCGGUAGACCCGCACACCAAAGUCCCGUUAGCUCUGUACGAGAGGGAGCGAGUCCUGCCGGCUGCUAGUGCCGUGGACAACCGGGACUACGAGAAGGAGCUGGAGUAUGAGGACUCAGGCUCUGAUUUCUGUGAUGAGGACCAUCUGGGGAGGGGCGGCCCUCUUAUGGUGACUGACUACAGCGCAGCAGGAGACCGCCUCAACCUGAGUGAAAUCUUCUUCUCCAACGAGGAGUACUACAGCAAGCUGGAGGAGCUGAAGAAGGCCCACCUUCGCACCAUGGCUGAGCUGGAGAGAAUGUAUCAGCGAAAGCUGCAGCUCAAGUCCAUGGAGCCUCUGGACAUGGCGAUGCUGGAGACGGGGCACAGGCUACCGUGGCACCUAAACACCAGCCCAGCAGGUUCACGCCGUUUGAGGAAGUCGCACUCGGCUGUUGAACUCAGGAGGCGCUCCAGGCAGUCAGACUCUUCAGACGAAGACGAAGCUGCCAGUAACGAGGUUGAGAAAGGCCUGCUGUUUUCUCCUAAAGAACACAUCAAGAACAUGUGGCAGGAUUUUAAGCUGUCCCCUCAUAAUCGCCACCUGAUGUCGUCCUCACUGCACAGCCUGCCGGGAGACCAGAAGAGACCACAGCAGGGAAAAGGAAAGAAGAGGCAGGAGAAUAAAGAUGGAGAGCAGGAGCAUUGGAAACACAGAGUGACCGUCCCGAAACCUUUCCAGAUGAUGCUGCGUGAGGCUGAGAGGCGAAAGCAUGGCAUAAAGACGCGUUCAGAGAUGGAACUGGAGAACGCAGAGCUGCGGCGGCAGCUAGAAGAACUGACAGAGUGCCAGAGGAAGUUCCGUGCGAGCCCCGUACCGGCUCACAUUCACCUCCCGCUUUAUGAAGAGCUGCAGGAGCGGAACAAGGAACGACGGAGAUCAACAAGAGAACGAGAAGAUCAGCAUCUUCAAACCAUCCAGAAGCCCUUCAGCUUCCUGGAGAGGGAGCGACUGAAGAAGGAGCAGAAACAGCUGCUUCACCCACAGUCAUCCGACCAGGAGAGAGUCAAACCCUUCAAGGCCAAGCCUGUGCCCAAGGCAGUGUACGCAGCAGCAUCCGGGGAGCAGAUGAAGGAGGAGCAGCUCUAUCGGUCUAUCAAGAUACAGAUGAGAGCCGAGGAGAUGCUCCACAGUGCUUCAAUGCCUGCCAGUAUGCUCGCACGACGACUCAGCGAGCGCAAGAAGACUACAGACAGCAGCUCCGCAGCGGGAGGGGACAACAACUUCUCCCACAGGCCCCUCAUUAACAAAGAGGUACCUGACUUCAAUGCCAGUUACCGACGCUUCCAGAAACACCUGGAGAAACAAAAAGAGGUGAAGCCCACGACCACAUGCGAACCCUUUGAAUUGAGGACGUCACAGAUCUCUUCGCACCGUGAACGCAUCCUGGCCGACAUCGAGAAGGAGCAGAGCAGCCCUCGGAUGCUGCGCUGGCCGUGCAUCGGCCCCAGGACAUCUCGGACCGCAAACUCAAGUCUCUGUUCGUCCCUGUCUGGAAGCCUGGAGCUCCUGCCUGCCAAAGUCACAGAUGCCACCAAAAAGCGCCACGAGGCCGUGAGAAAGGCGCUGGAGCAGAAGAAGAAGGCCGAGGAGGAGGAGGAGCGGUGGAAGGAAAAGCAGAAGCUGAGGGAGAAGAAGCUGCAGAGGGUGGUGGUGAAACGUGCCCAGGCCAACGACCCCCACCUGGCUCUCUCACAAACACACCAGACCAAACUCAAAGAAUUCAGGAAACAAGAGCUUCAGCGCAGGAAGGAGUACCGGCAGGAGAUUAAAGAGAUGCAGCAGAGAGUGAAGGGGAGGCCGCUGCUGCUGGAGCAGGUUGCACAGAGGAAUGCCAAACAGGCAGCAGAGAAGCGCUACACAGACGCCCUGCAUGGAUGUGAUCUGACUGAAGAGUUCAUCAGCAACAAGGCGGCCAAAUCCACAUCUGCACGCGAAGCCUCCCCGUCCAGUGACAGCAAACGGAGCGACCAAGAGGAGCCAGACAUGGGAUAUGAACCUGUUCAGUACAGAAAGGUCUUCCUGGACGAUGAAGACGUGGACGUAGAUCCAGACGAAAGUGAAGGAGGGAGGGAGGAAGAGGCGAGUAACAAGUCUUCGUUAAACCACUGUGCUAGAGAGGACGCCGACAGUCGCCUCUCAGAUCAGGAUUAUCAUAGAGAUGAUCGCCACUCUUCAGAUGAAAGUUACCACUACUCAGACGACCAUGAGAAUUAUUCAGACGACAGCGAGCGUGAUGCUGACGCUGGACAGCAGGACGCAGGGGAGUGAUGUCAUCAAACAUUAAGACCAAUGUGGCCGGCGCCAUUGCUAUGUUCAAAAACUCUGAAAGCCACAAAACUGAACACAUCAAGUGAGCACGGAGGAACACUGGAGAGGAAACUUCUUGUUCCUAUAAUGAUAAGAUGUUAUGUUUUACUGUAAAUAUGUAGCACAUAAGAAUGGAAAAUUUUAUAUCUUUAACCUGAGGUGACAAGCUUGAUCCUGUUCACUGCAAACACAGGGAGUAUACUUUGAAUAAUCAUCAUUCUGCAUCGUUAGUCACAAGUAAUUUUACAUAAAUGUAACAGUAAUGCAUUGUGGGAUUUCUAGAAAAAUGCAUCCAUCUGCAUAUAGUGUGCAUGCUCUCUGGUUCAAAUACACUUCAUUUCAGUGGUUCUCAAAGUGGGACCUGGGGACCCCCAGGGGUCCUUUAGGGGGUUCCAAGGGGUCCCCAGCAAAAAGUGGAAUCAUUUAUUUUCAUUGUGAUUCUAUCGAUAAUUAACACAAUGGCAGAAUGUAUGGUGGCUAUUUUGGUCAUCGGUUUCAUGCACUUUCUGGGACAAAUUCUUUUCAGAUGGGUCCAUUUAGGGUUCCUUGACAUGAAAAAGUUUGAGAACCACUGCUUUAUUUCAUGGCCUUUCCAGCAUGAACACAGAACAUAUUAAAAAUCUGCUUAGAAUUGCCGCAGGACUAAAUUAAUAAUAAUGGCUCUGUAAUGUUUAUGGCUUUGGAUAAAAUACUAUCAAAUGACAAACAA